GUCCGCCGGCGUUAGUGAAAUUGUAUCACGGAGAGAGACGGCCUUGUGUCCGUGACCUAGCCCCAAACUUAAUUGGGCUUCGGCUCUGCUGGCGGAUAAAUUAUCCGGUCAAAAUUUGGAAAAGAUCAAUUUUUUGUGCGUGGAGAAUUAGGGGUUUUCGGUCGAUGUCUUCUACCUAACCCUAGCUCCUUCCACCCGCCGACUCCAUGGCCACCGAAACCUGCACCGCGGUUUCAGAACUCAAUCCUCCUUCUCCGAUGAUGAUUAGCGAACUCGGAGACGAUCUCCUCAUAGAAGUUCUGAUUCGCAGCUUCCCGGAUCCCAGAUCCGCGUGCCGGAGCAAAGCCGUCUGCAAGUACUGGAGAUCCCUGAUUUCUGAUCCCUGCUUCAGACGCCGCUUCCUCUGCCACCACCAGAGCAAGAGCAAACCACCUCCUCCGAUGCUUCUUCUCUCACCCGCCAGCCUCCUGACCUUUCUCCCCAUGCCCGCCCUCCCUCCAGAGCAUUUCGCAGUUUUGGAUUGCUUCAAGGACUUGCUUCUAUGUGGGUUCUGGGAAGUACUUUACCGUCGCACUAAUCCCCAGCUCGCCAGAUCAUACUUGCUCUGCAAUCCGUUUACGGAGCAAUGGAUCGCCCUUCCUCUGGCCCCUGAAAGGCCAGUCGGGUUUAGUGAAUUGUCGUCGAGGCUAGUUUGUGAACCCUUAGUUUCUAAUAGUCAUGAUGUUGGAUUUGGCCAUGAGUAUCGAUUCCGGGUUGUGUGCGUCUACCAAGUUGCCAAUUCGAUGAAAUUAGAUGUGUUCUGCUCGGAUUCCGGCGAAUGGACGAAGGAGGCCCUUGUUCUUGAUGGUUAUCGCGGAUGCGGGAGCUGGAAGAACAAUGUUGUUUCUUGCAACGGUGUUUUGUAUUUGUCUUACGCUAGAGCGCAAGACUUGGAUGCUGGGUUGUAUAGACCUUCGAUUGCUGGUUUCGAUCCUUUUCGACUUGAUACACCUCCCACUCUUGUUGAUGUUUCCCCUAUCAGCUCCAAAACGCUUUGGAGUAUUUCAGUUUCACAGGGUGCUUUGCAUUUGAGUGUGUACGAGAAGCUAAUACCUAUGGUGUUGGGUGUUUGGAGACUACGAGAAGACUGUAAACUUUGGAGAAAGGUAUCUGAAAGUACCCUUAAGUCACAAUUCUGGCUCCUUCGUGUUCCUUCUCUGCAUCCAGAGAAGCCUGAAAUUGCCUUCUUCACUAAUAUUGAUGGUGGUGCUGGUAGCCUUGGGAGUUGUUACGUAUUUUGCGAUUUGGGGAAUGGGGGAGAGCUAAAGUUCAUCUCUAAACGAACUCAAUAUUUUGAUCAUUGGAGGGUGUUCCAGCCCAAGGUCUAUUGUUGGCCUACUCAAAUUCCAAAGUAUCAAAAGUUGCGGGAUUUGUACGAUGGAAACUAUAGCUGUUGGAUUCAGACGCGCUCAACAAUGGGUAUAUGCUACUUGUUAAAAUUUACCGUUCUUCUUUGUUGUUCAUGAAUUUGUCUCGUAAACACAUUUGUUCUGAAAACUCGUGUUGUUAUAAGCCAAUAUAGAAAGAUCUAGAGGCAUAUACGACCAUUCUUAUUUAUGCUAGUUUUGUGUAGCUUAUGGUUGAACAUAUAUUCCUUUAUAAAUGAUAAUUUCUGAU